UUACGAACUAGGAUGUGAUUGCCUGCCUGCACCUUCACCCUAGAAUUAGCUUAUGACUCUGUAUCACUCAGAUGGAUAACAGGGAGACAGGUGGGGAUUACUCUAAAGUCCCGAUGCUACAUCCCAACCAGAGCACGUAUUCUGCCUGCAUCUCACAAGGUUGACUCAGCCUUUCUGAUUAAAUUUGAAUUCUGCAGCUCGGCCUCACUCCAGAAACGGGUUCCACUGGUUCGCCGGGUUGAUGCACAUCAAUGCUUUUUAACUGCAGGCUCGGAGGAACUUGGCUGAGAUGGCCCCAGCCCUGUCGAAAUUGACUCGAGGUGUUCCUGGUUGUGGUUUUUGAACUCUCUCUCCCAGAACUCGUGGGAGAACGUGGCCAGCAAACAGACACACCUCUGAAAUUCACCAGAGACACACAAAGAGGCUUCAUGAUACAGUAGGUCGUAAGUUGAACUAGGAGAGGGGAGGCUAAGGUUCAAAUCCCUGCGCAAUCCAUGAUUUCAGCUGGUUGCUCUCUCUCCCUGAUCUACACUGCAGGUCUGUCGUUAGGAUAAAAGCAGGUGUAUUUGUCUUAGUGAGUGAAGGAAAACCAAGAUUUUAAAAAGAGAGAUGUUACAAAUAGCGAGUUAAGAAAUGUGUUUGGAUUUCCCGACUUGUCACCAAUGCCGCGUCCAUUCAAUGGGCUUGUCUGUCUGUCUGUCUGUCUUAGGCGCGUGCCCGGCUGCCCACCACUGCCCGCCACCACUGAUCAGGGAAUAUAAUCUCCUUUCGAGAGAUCCCUUACGGAUUUCAUGGAGACUGCAACUCUGCUCUCCUCCCAGCUUAGGAGAAGCACCGGCUGGGGUUCGGUCAUGUCCUGCUUCACCCAAAUAUGGCACACGGAAGUGCCCGAGUCGCCUCCCGUGAGCCCCACCAGCCCCGUUCCAGCUGCGCCCCACGAGAUCCCGAUCCCUCUCAGCCCCAUCGUGAUCACUUCCCCUGGUUCGGAAGGCCGGCCCAGUGUGUGCUCCCCGGUGUCUUCACCCCUCCGCUCCCCUCUUUCUUCGCCUAGCCGUUGCCCCGUCUGCUCCCCGGUGGACGGAAAGACCAGGCUCGGCUCUCCAACGGACCGGCCCACCUCUCCCAUCGAGUGCUCCAUCUGCUUCAAUACGUAUGACAACCUUUUCAAGACGCCCAAGGUUCUCCAGUGCAACCAUACCUUCUGCUUGGAGUGUCUGGCUCGCUUGACCGCCGCGCGCCCUCCGAAUCACGUCGAAGACGAGCUCCCGUGCCCGUUCUGCAGGCAGGUCACGGAGAUCCCCCACGAAGGGCCGCCGGGUCUCCAGACCAGCACAGACCUUCUGGCCACCCUGCCCCCAGAGUUCCAACGAGAGAAGAUGCUCUGGAUGGAAGGCACCAAACUCUGCUGCCGGCAGUCAUCGGAUCCAGAAACGGCUGACAAUUACGUCAGCAUCGACGUUGCCCCCAGCAAACCCGAAGUCCCGGAGAUGCCUCCUGAAACCUUUAUGGCCAGGCUCGCGCGCUGUGAUAUGUGUGAUGACUGGAAGCGUGUGCUCUUGCUCUCGGUUUUGAUCAUCAUCCUCUUCUGUAUCAUCCUAUGGCCAGUUCACUGCGCGAUGAAGACAGGCAACUUCCGUUGCUUCACCCACACGUAUACCAAGCCGAACUAUGUGACAUAUCACCAUCUGACUACCCCAGCCCCAACGGUGCGCCCCGUUGGCCCUAUAGAAUGAGCCACCUCUACCACCGCCACCACCACCCUGGGGUGCAAGCAUAGAACCAGUAAAAGGCUGGUGGGUCCCUCAAGGAACUGUCCAGAGUUCUGAAGCCCAACCAGCCCCUUUAUAUUGCUCCAGAAGGCAACCUAACUUUUGGGCAUAAUCUGGAGCAAGUUCACCAGGAUCCACUGCAUAGAACCCAACUGUGAAGGGACCACAGAGAUGGGAAAGGUUUUUUGGACUACAGAUCCCAUCAUCCCACAGACAGGGAAUGCUUCCCAUCUUAAGAAGAGAUGAACGCCUGCUCAGCAGGAAAAGCACCUGUAGAGCCAAUUUCCAAGCACUUCUUUAAUUGUAUUAUACUUUUUUUUUUCAAGAUCAUAUUGCAGAUGAUGGGAAAGGCCUCCAUCCAGGAGCUCAGAAGAACAGAUUCAAGCCCAAGGUGACAAAGCUAGAAGGCUAUCGAGCUGCAACUGAGCCGAUGCCAGGGGGAGCCACAACGUAUAAGCACCAGGCCACGGUUUUGCCGGCCACUCUUCCAUAUUUUCACUUCUCACGUUUGUGCUGCUCCUUUUUUGACCACAUCACCAAAAACAGGACC